ACAACUUCUUCUGCUGUUAUUUAUAAUAAAAUCCUCGGACUUUGUAUGUGUUGACAGAAUAUUUGUGUGAACGAGAAUACGAUAACGCGAUGAACUGCUGAAGCAAUAGUAGAUGACCCGGUAUUGUAUAAAUUUCCACACGCAUACGCGAGAGACAAUCAGUCGUUGUCGAGAAAUCAUAAAAACAAGACAGAAACUUGAAAUUUUUAUUUGUCGUGCGGUUAUGAUUCUUUGAUUUCCGUAAAUUUGCCAUGGAAAAAAUGACUUUUUCAAUAAUUUUUGUUGUAAUUUUCUUGCAAUUUGCGACAAAUGUCGCGAGUCAGUCGAACGGCGAUUGCAUGACGCCUUUUAAUGAACGCGGAACAUGCAUCGAAAUUCGCGAGUGUUCGACAAUUUGGAAUAUUGUGACAUCGGCACCGCGUCCCCUGGCUGACAGAGUGCUAAAAUUUCUGCAAGACAGCGUUUGUGACGAUCCUGCCUUACGAAAAGUUUGUUGCCGAUAUCAAGACGUUUCGACGAGCGGACAAGUUCCAGCGUUGGUAGCAACAAAUCCGGCAGUUUCAGACGACGACAUCGUGAAUCAUCCGAAAAAAUCGUUGCUGGAUUUGAAAACUUGUGGUCCGAUAUCAUCAGAUCGGAUUGCUUUUGGAAAUAAAACAAGAUUGUUUGAGUUUCCGUGGAUGGCGUUGUUGCAAUACACGACAGCAGGUGAAAAGGAUUUCAAAUGUGGCGGAAGUUUAAUUAAUCGAAGAUACGUUCUCACUGCUGCUCAUUGCAUCACAAAUCUUCGUCGCGGCACAAGACUUGUCUCGGUUCGUUUGGGUGAAUAUGACGUCGACAAAAAUGUCGAUUGUGAAGUCGAAAAUGGCGAGGAAACUUGUGCGCCGCCUGUUCAGGACAUUCCCAUCGAACGAAUUAUUCCGCAUCCGGGCUUCAAUCAACCGCGAUGGGCAAAUGACAUUGCUCUGCUUCGUUUGGCUUCGGAACCAGACUUUAGCGAUUUCGCCGUUGCGCCAAUUUGUCUUCCAGUGACGCAACAACUCAUGACGUUGCCAUUGAAAACGUUAACUGUGACGGGCUGGGGCACGACAGAAACGCUUCGACGAUCAAAUGUCUUGCUGAAAGCUCAUUUGCCAUUUGUCAAGUCGGAUGUUUGUGAAAAACAGUUGAAAAUUAAAUUGACGCCAGGGCAAUUUUGUGCUGGAGGAGAUGGAUUAGUUGAUUCCUGUGGAGGAGAUUCAGGAGGUCCAUUACAAUAUCCCGCAACCCUUGCGGGCACGAAAUACGUUCAAUUCGGAGUAACGAGCUUCGGCACAAGCGGCUGCGGAGAGAACGAAGGUGUACCGGGAGUGUAUGCCAACGUUCGUCACUACAUGAAAUGGAUUUUAGAUAACCUACAACCGUAAAUGGCAAUUUUUUUUUGUUUAUUUUUUUAUUAAAAUAUAUGAUAAGAAUUUUUUAUUUAUAAGUCGAAAAAAAAAGUUUUUUUUUGUAAUUCGUUGU